AUGCCAAUCACCUACCAAGCUCACAUGAACCCAAGUCAUGUCGUUUACGGGGCUUGCAUGAGGGAUUGUGGUGUGGAAGGUUACGGAGGUCCACAAGGCCCAUGGAAGCUCUUGGAUAAUGGAGACUUUGGGCUAGCUACUUGGGAGCACCAAAGCUGGUUCCAGCACGUCUUUUUACCUAUUGGAAAUAAAGGAGAGCCUUCACCUUCUAUAAAUUAUGAGGCAUUUCUCAGCCAAAAGAAACCCAUCUUGGUUGUUGCAAGCUUCUCAACAACCAUGAAAACUCACCUUUCUUCAGCUACUGCAAGCAUUCCACCAACACUCACUCACUCGGCUGCUGCAAGCAUCCCAGCAGCCAUCAACUCCCAUAAAGCAUCACCUAGCUCCAAGCUUUUCCUUCCUUCCAAGCAUUAA